AAUUAUGUAGUGUCCAUAUUAGUGAUGUGCUUGGGUAUUUCACUGUGACCGAAAUUGAAAGAUUGUCCUUUGUUAUUUGAUCAAUAUGUUUAAACAUUAUAAUUAACGUAUUGUUUGUAGUAACCAGAAACAGUGUGUUGUCACCAUCAGACCUGUCAAGUUAAUAUUGUGAUUAUCACAAUUACAUUUGGUCUGAGUAACAUUUUAUUUCCGAAUCAGGAAGGCAUGGCAUGUUUUGAUCGUAAUAGCUCAACACAAACCCGAAAUUUGAGAAGUAACCUUCCAGCAUUCUCAGUAUUUAGCAGUUAUCACAGCAGUCCGUAUCGUGUAACUCAAUCACUUGCUUCUCUAGGUUCAUUAAGUGGACUUCAUAUUAAUCAAGCUCAGUUAAGACAACCUUCUACUGAAGGUCAGAGGCUCUUGCGAGACAAUCUGCACACUAUGUUUCAAGGACUGCAACCACUGAUGGAGCAUGCAAGAACUGCACAGAGCCACGGUCUUCCUCUUUCAUGGCUUCGGACUCGUCAGCAGCAAAUACAGAACCAACAGCAGCUGCUAACACCAUUGUCAUCACAGCAACAUCAAACUAUUCCCAUAACUCAGCCUUCCUCUAGUGAUAGCUUUGUGAUCACAGUUGAUACUGAUGAGGCAUCAGACUCUCAUUACCACCAUCAUCAGCAUCAGUACGGUCCAAACAUGGCCAAUGUGCCAAACACUACAACUGCUGAGAACUUCCUUAACAAUAUCCGUGAAGCUGCAGCUACCAGUCAUCCAGAGCAGCCGCAUCCUAACAACAACAACAACAAUAAUGUUCAAGAAGGUGUUGCAGAAAUAUUGCAUCGGAGUCCAGAAGCAAGGCAGUCCCUCGCCUUUCUGCAAAAGUUUGCACUUUUCCUGCUUAUUCUGUUUGCCAAAGGCAUCUAUGAUCAUUGUUUUGGUAUUCUUUUCUUCAUUGGUUUGUUCAUCACCUUUUGCCAUGCGAAUGCAGUGGUGAAGCAGGAGAUAGCUAAACAGACUCAGCGGAGUUUGACGUCACUGUUACUGAUCGUCUGCAAUAUUCUAGGAUGUAUUCCGUUUAUCUACUACUUGUUCCGAGAACAGAAGCUAUAUCUCAGCCUGGUGUUCAUCCCCCCAUAUUCACAGCCUCUCAGUGUCUGGGACUUACUGUGGGUUGUGGUUGUGACAGACUUUGUGCUCAAGUUGAUCACAAUAAUCCUCAAAGUGUCCGUUGCUGUACUACCUGUUGCCCUGCUGCCCUACCAGAGUCGAGGAAAAUGGUACUUGUUCUUAGAAGCCACAUCCCAGCUCUACCGGAGCCUGGCCCCAAUCCAGCCAUGGCUGUAUUUUCUGCUGGAAUCUUACCAAGGACCAGAGAAGGUUGUUGGAGUAUUCCUGUCUGCGGCAUAUAUGGUAUCCAAGGGAAGUGACCUCAUGAACAGAGUAAAACUCAUGAGAGUUGCAUUUUGGAAGUUGCUUCAGAGUGUGAAUCUUGGUAUAAGCCCAAAUAAAGACCAGCUACAAACUGCAGGCAGCCAGUGUCCAAUCUGUUAUGAUGAUUAUAAAAAUCCAGUUCUCCUUCACUGUAGCCACAUAUUCUGUGAAACCUGCGUUGCCACAUGGUUUGACAGAGAACAGACAUGUCCUGUGUGUAGGGCAGUAGUUGCUGAUGAUCCAUCAUGGAGAGAUGGUGCAACAACAUACAUUAUUCAGCUUUAUUGAUGAUCUUCCUAUUCCUUAACCCCAGUGAGUUGAAUUGUAAUCUGUUCCAUGUGAGGUAUAAGCUCUUAGUCAUUGAGAGUUUGGCAAGAGACUGAUCUGUAUACAAACAGAAAGUCUGUACUAAAAAAUUGAUGUGACAAUGGGACUGAGUCUGUUGCCCUCUAAUUUGGCUGUGGUUUUGCAGUAUGGCAAAAUGAAACUGUUUUCUAAAGAAAAAGUGGAGUGUCUACACUUAAUACUCUGACCAAGAAGUCAGAGGAAGGUGCACUGCCAUGCUGCAAAACUAAAGCUGAAUCAGACGGUAACGAUCGACUGCGUCAACCUUGUGAGUGAUAUCAACAAGUGAUUCAACAGUAAUAUAGUUUUGAAUUAUGGAUUGAAGUAUAUCAUAGCAUACAUUUUCAUAAGAGUACUGAUUCUCUAGUAAUUAGAACACUUUGAAUUUCACUACUCUGUUUCUGUUAAAUAAGAUUAAAUCAGAGACAAAUAUUUGAGUCAUUUGUAGACACUUUCUAACACAGAAAGGUAAUUUAUGUAAAGGAAAAGAAUGUUAUUAAAGGAAAAUUACAUGGUAAGGAACAUAAA